CGCUUCCUGAUAGCUGAAACCCGUAAUGAAUACGUGAAUCAUGCCUCGCAAAUACGAGCUUUCGGAAGCUUUACGAUCGCAAAUUGUUGAUCUGCACAAAGCUGGAAAAGGUUAUAAAAAAAUCGCACGCACUUUGGAUGUUCAUCGCAACACAGUUAGGGACAUUGUGCUUAAAUGGAAGCGAUUCAGUACUGUGGCUACUCUGCCGAGAAGUGGGCGCCCUAGAAAGUCGUCUGCAAAGACAAAGAUCAGCGAGGUUGGUCAUGGCUCUAGUGAGCCAAAAGACAGAGAAGAAGAUUUGCAUCACAAAAAGCAGCGAGGAAAGGCUACUGCUGUUUCAUCUAAUGACGAGACUACAGAACAAGACAGAGACUUUAACACUACCCACAAGGAUGGAGAGAUCAUACAUUCUGACUCACCUGAUUCUGAAGCAACAGAUGAAGAGAAUAUGGCUGGACCGUCAGAUAUCAGAGGAGGAAGUUCAGACCAUAAAAUGAGAGAUAACACCAUCUGCAAUGAUGGCAACACAGAUUCCUACUCAUCUGAUGAAGAUGAAGAUGAAGACCCUAUGGCCAGUCGUCUGUCAGCUGGAAUAGCAGAGAGCAGAGGAGGAAAUCCGGACCAUGAAAUGCACCAAGGAGCGACCAACUCUGCUUCAUCUGAUGAUGAAACAACAGAAGAAGAUCCAACAGAGCAGUUUUUCUGUGGAGAGAAGAAGAUAUAUGCUGGUUCCUCAGUCACAAUGGGAGCCCUCCUCCUGCUCCUCCUGGCGUUCAUUGUGAAGCACGGCUUGUCAAAAGCAGCAGCCAGAGAUCUCCUGCACCUCCUAAACUUGGUGGUACCCGGAUGUGUUCCAAAGUCGCUUCGCUUUUUAAAAAAGCAUUCGACUGAUUACAAUGGAAAGACAGAGAUUCACUUUUAUUGCCCCAGGUGUACAAACUACCUUGGUGUGGAUCCCGGUAAUGAGUGUAGCGUGUGCCAGCAGAGCUUGAACAGAAAAUAUCUGAUCUUGAAGGCUUACUACUUCCUUGUAAUGCCGCUAGAAAUUCAGCUAAGAAACCUCCUUGCACGCGUCCACCCAAGCUUGGGAAGCAUUUCACGAGGAUGA